AAUUGAUUUUAGACAAAUGAAUUUGGAUAUUAUAUUUAACAAAAUAUUUCGUUGCAUUUAUGAUAAAGAUAAUAUGAAAAGAUAACCUAACCUUGUAAACAUCAUUGAUAAACGAAUGAAUAGCAGCAGCAGGUGAUUGCAUUGAAUCGAUUAAUAAUGGAUGACAAUACUGUUCCAAAUAUGAUAUUUCAUCCGAUAAUAUCAUCAAUACAAAAAAUUGCACUUUAUGAAACAAAAUCGCGGUUUUAUUUAAUGGGAUCAAAUAAUACGCUGACACGAUUUCGUGUAUUAAAAAUAGAUCGGAUGGAACCAAGGGAACUUUUUGUUGUUGACGAUAAAAGGGAAUAUACUCAAGAUGAAAUACAAGAUCUUGUUAAUAUGAUUGAUAUGGGUAAUCGUACACGUAUAGGACAACGCAAUAACAUUGGCGGUGUUGCACGAGUUGUUUCAGCUUUUGGUAUUGUUGGCAGCAAUAAUAAAGAAUCCAGCACACAUAUGUCAGAGGAGUCUGAGCAGCAUCGGUCAGAAAAGCCGAUGCACAAACCGACAAAAACUAAAUUCACCUGGAAGAAUAUGUGGCAGAGAGAUACUUUUCCCAGGCUAGUGUCAGCUUUCGGUCUUCUUGGUUUUAUACGCUUCCUGGAAGGAUAUUAUAUCAUUCUUGUAACUAAACGUCGUCGAGUGGCAGUUAUUGGUCAUCACACAAUAUAUAAAAUAGAAGAUACUUCAAUGAUAUACAUUCCCAAUGACACUGUUCGUCUCUUUCAUCCUGAUGAACAAAGAUAUGUCAAGAUGUUUCAAGGUAUUGAUUUAAGUAGUAAUUUCUACUUCAGUUAUUCCUAUGAUUUGACGCACACUUUACAAUAUAAUAUGGCACCGCCAAAGCACAUUAAAUUGGACAUACCUAACAAUGCUAAUGAAAAGGAAGAUGAUAUAGAAGAAGCUGAAGAUUUUUUUAACAUGUGGUCGUUCCAUAAAAACUGCCACCAAAGUGAUAGCACAAAGGAAAAAUAUAUUGAUUAUGCAGUGCGCAGUAAUCCAAAUCGUCGAUUCAUAUGGAACUCACAUUUAUUAUCACCAGUGGAAAAAGAUCUUCAUAGAGAUUGGAUUUUAUAUGUUAUACACGGUUUUAUCGGACAAUCAAAUGUUAGCAUCUUUGGGAGAUCUGUAUAUAUCGCUUUAAUAGCUAGAAGAAGUAAUAAAUAUGCAGGCACUAGAUUUUUAAAGCGUGGUGCAAAUUUUGAUGGUGAUGUAGCAAACGAAGUAGAAACUGAACAAAUAGUUCAUGAUUCUGGUGUGAGUUCUUUAAAUAAUGGAAGAUUUAGUUCUUUCGUGCAAAUGCGUGGCUCAGUUCCUGGCCAUUGGAGCCAAGACGUUAGCAAAAUGGUUCCAAAGCCUACAAUCGUUUGUGAUUUAGCUGAUCCAUUUGUAGAAACAGCUGGAGCACAUUUUAAUAAGCUUCUUAAGAGGUAUGGAUCGCCAAUUAUAAUAUUAAAUCUUGUUAAAAAACGUGAGAAAAAAAAACACGAAAGUACAUUAAGCGAAGAAUUAAGUACGGCUGUGAAAUAUUUAAAUCAAUUUUUACCACCGGAACACCAUAUUCAGUACAUAAGCUUUGAUAUGGCCAGAAUGCUCAAACGAAAAGAAGUCAAUGUUAUGGGUCGUUUAGCAAAUAUAGCCCAUAAUGCUGUCUUAAAAACGGGUGUUUUUCAAUCGCAUAAUCCAUAUUACAGUCAACGAAAUUUAUUCAUGCAACAACACAGUAAUGCUAAAAAAGUUCAUAAAACAAAUUCAAGUUGUGGACUAUCGUUUAGUUCUUAUGACGUGAAAAAUUCUCUUAAUAAUUCAUUCAAAAUAGAUUAUAAUAAUUAUUUAAAAAGUCCUAACACUUUAGAAAUACCAUCAACCGAAUGUAAUAAGACGUAUGAUUCAGAAUAUUUAGAAGAUCAUGUAAAGGAUUAUUUUGCAAGAAAGGGAAUACCACAAACUGGAAUUAUUAGAACUAAUUGUGUUGAUUGUCUAGAUCGGACAAAUACAGCUCAAUUUGCUAUAGGCAAAUGUGCUUUAGGUUUUCAGUUAUGUGCUUUAGGAGUAUUGGAAAGUCCUAAACUUGAAUUUGAUUCUGAUUGUGUAAGAAUGUUGGAAGAAUUGUAUGAAGAUCAUGGCGAUACAUUAGCCUUACAGUAUGGUGGAUCUCAAUUGGUACACAGAAUCAAAACCUAUAGAAAAACUGCACCAUGGACUAGUCAAGGAAAUGAUAUAAUGCAAACAUUGAGUAGAUAUUACAGUAAUACUUUCAGCGAUCAAGAAAAACAACAUACAAUUAAUUUAUUUUUAGGUCUUUUUAUACCAGAAGAAGGUAAACCAUCGAUAUGGGAAUUAUUAACAGAUUAUUAUCUUCACCAUAAGCCUGCAUGUCAAUAUCUUCGCAAAGGAAGAUUACUUACUCAAUGGUGGAAUAAAAAUGUAUUGAAAUGUUUACCAUAUGCAUUCAAUGAAGUAACUAAAACUUGUUCUGAAAUGAUACAAGUACAAAGUACUUACGAAGAAAUGAUUGAUAUUUAUUAUGAUUAUCAUAGGCCUUAUGAAUUAUCUAUAUUUUUGGAUUUAUAUGCAUAUAUAAUAAGUCAUUCAGUUAGAGAUUUCAUGCCUCAUUUUACAACAAGUUUUAGUCCAUUUGCUGUACGUAUAAGGCCAGGUAGAAGAAGAGAAGAAACUGGUAAUAAAAAUUUGAAUAUGAAGAAUCCAUCUAUGACUGGACAGAGUAGUACAAGCAGUACAACGUCUAGUGCAAGUUCAAGCGAGGAUUCAACUUCCGACGAAGAUGAAAGUCAUCCGCAGAUGAAUGACUCACAAUUAUUUGCAUCUAAAGAUAAUUCAGAAUUAAUGUCCUUUGAAUGUUUGUUUCCGUCAAUGAAAGAGGUAUAUGGAAUGCAGCCAGAAUAUCCAGCAAGAAAUGAUAUUAUUCUCUAUAAAAGAUUCGUUUUAAUAGGACGUAAUGCAACGUAUCCGAUAGAUCAAACAAAACUUCGUUCAAAACUAGUGCAGCAAGCAUCAUUUCCAGAAAACCCGCAACCACCAACUGUUACUUCCUUACCAUUUGUCAAAGAAGCAAGCAUAAAUAUAUAUGAACAGUAUGUUAAGAGAGCAAAGGUUGGUGGUUCUAUUCCAAAUUCUAACGAUAUGAAUCUUUAUAAGAGUUAUGCAAAUCAAGAAGAAUUAUUAUUAAAGUUAGUACGUGCAAGUAAUUGUACCUAAAGAGAGUUUUAUUUUAA